AUGGCAGAAAUAUUGAACAAGACAGUUAUGGUAACCGAGUUCAUUCUUGUAGGCUUCACCCGUAUCCGAUGGCUGCAGAUCCUUCUCUUUUGGGUUUUCUUUCUCACAUAUCUUCUGACCAUUGUGGGAAACCUUCUCAUCAUCUACAUCACUCUGGUUGACCAUCGCCUUCAUACUCCCAUGUAUUUUUUCCUCCGGAACUUUUCGGUCUUGGAAAUCGGAUUUAUCUCUUCUGUCAUCCCGAAAGCUUUGCUUAACUUGGCUUCAGGCGACACCACCAUUUCUCUGGCGGGCUGCUUCACCCAGGCCUUUUUCUAUUUUAUUUUGGGCACCGCUGAAUUCUUCAUUCUGGCCACCAUGUCCUUCGACCGCUACGUAGCCAUCUGCAACCCCCUGCGCUACCCAGUCAUUAUGAACAACCAGUUGUGUACUCAGUUAGUGGUGGGCUCUUGGCUGAUCAGUUUCCUUUAUGUCAUAAUACCCCUGAUUCUGUUAUUUUGUCUGCCCUUCUGCGGCCCAAACGUCAUCAAUCACUUCUUCUGUGACAACAUGCCACUCAUCAAGCUGGCCUGCACCAACACCCAAUUUUUGGAACUGAUGGAUUUUCUCAUGGCCACCUUUACGGUGCUGGGGACUCUGACCAUCACAAUCAUUUCCUACAUUAAGAUCAUUGCAACGGUCAUUCACAUUCCUUCCAAGACGGGCCGGCAGAAGGCUUUCUCCACUUGUGCUUCUCACAUUGUGGUCGUUUUCAUCACCUACGGGAGCUGCAUCUUCAUGUACGUCAAGCCCACGCAAAGUAGCGGGCCAGACCUCAGCAAGACGGUAGGUGUCCUGAACAACGUGGUCUCCCCUUUGCUCAACCCUUUCAUUUACAGCCUGAGAAACAGGCAGGUGAAAACAGCAUUCAAGGAUUUGAUCAGCGCUGUAGUAUUUUUA